UACAGAGAGAAGAUUUAUUAUUAAAAUUUUCUCUGCUUUUGUUGGGUGUAAUUCGCCAUUAUCAUCAUCGUCUUCCUCGUCAUCUAGCUAAGCCCCCUUCCAGCUCAAACCCUAGGCCCCAAUUCUUCUCCCUCCUUCCCUUCGCGUUCUGCACUUCAUCCCCAAAUUGUCGUUAGGGUUUUCGGAAUCUGAGAUUGUCGGAAUCUGGUGAAUCGCCCUCGGAGAAAUCUCCCCCCAAUUCGGUCUUCGCAUUUCGAAGAAUUAGUUAUGGACGGUGAUUCCUGGAGCGCUCGUCUCUCUUCCGCAUCUAAGCGUUAUCAAUCGGCUCUUCAAUCGCGAUCUGAUAUGUUUAUGGGGUUUGAAGAAAUAGAUGGGGAUGACGAUAUAAGGGAGGAGUUUCCAUGCCCGUUCUGCUCGGAAUAUUUUGAUAUUGUUGGAUUGUGCUGCCAUAUUGAUGAAGAGCAUCCAGUUGAGGCAAAGAAUGGGGUAUGUCCGGUUUGUGCAAUGAGGGUGGGGGUAGAUAUGGUAGCGCACAUAACUCUACAACAUGGCAACAUUUUCAAGAUGCAGCGCAAAAGGAAGUCGCGAAAAGGUGGUUCUCAUUCAACAACACUAUCUUUGUUAAGGAAAGAACUUAGGGAAGGAAAUUUGCAAUCCCUUUUUGGGGGUUCAUCUUGUAUAGUGUCCUCAUCCAAUGUUGCAGCCGAUCCAUUGUUAUCAUCAUUUAUCUUGCCCAUGGCUGAUGAUUUUGUUGGUGUCCAGCCUCCCUUUUCAACGGAAACAAGCACUACCAAGAAAAGCUCGGCUGAGAAUGUAUCAGAGCGACAUGUCCUGUCACCUCCUCUCUCAGUCAAGGAUAAGGAAGAGAAGACAAAAAGAUGUGAAUUUGUUCACGGGCUGUUGUUGUCCACCAUUCUUAGCGACGGGUUAGGAAGUUCGUAACGGCUGAUCCAGUAGUACUGGACUGGAAGUAUGGAACUUCACAGCCAAGUGUGCUACAGUCUAUGAUCUGCUUGUAGCGUGUAUGCCAAUGUGUGUAAAACACAAGAGUGUGGAAUAAGUUCUAGGGAUGAGUGUAAUUUAUGUGGCAUGUGAACUUUAGUUUCUAGGCGUGAACAUAACACUACCGUAUCAUGUGUUAUUUCAGUUCAUUAUUUAGUAAAAAAGAAGAAAAAUAAUUCCUCAA